UACUAUCAAGUUCUGGCUUUAAUGUUUGCUGUAGAAGAGGUCAACAGGAACCCCAAUCUAUUACCCAAUAGGACCCUGGGAUUCCACAUCUACAAUGCCUAUCACAAUGAUGACAAGAUCUUAGAAAGUUCCCUGAUGUGGCUGUCAGGCCAGGCACAGACCAUUCCCAAUUACAACUGUGAGAGGCAGGCCAAGUCUGUGGUGGUCAUUGGAGGAGCCAAUUCUGCAUUGACUGUCUCCAUGGGAACCCUACUUGAGCUCUAUAAAUUCCCACAGAUCAGCUAUGGUCUCUUUGAUCCACUCUUGAAUGACCCAGCCCAGUUUCCUUCUGUCUAUCAGAUGGCAACAAGUGACACCUCUCUUUCCCUUGGAAUGGUCAGAUUGAUGGUGCAUUUUGAAUGGACCUGGGUGGGACUAGUCACCUCAGAUGACGCAAUAGGUGACAAAUUCCUCAGAGACAUGAAAGAAGAAAUGGUCAGGAAUUACAUCUGUGUGGCCAUUACACAGAAGAUUAGCAUUGGCCAGUCAAUGGAUAUUGACACACAUCGACUGUUUUUGUGGAAGAUAUUCAAAUCUAGAGUUAAUGUGAUUGUCAUUUAUGGAGAUAUAGAUUCACUGCUGAGUGUGAAGUUUCGAGAGGAGCCUUAUUUCUUACCAAAAAUAUUAUGGAUCACCACCAGGGACUCAGAUAUUACCAAAAAACCUGGUUCCGUGUAUUUUGACAAUUUCCAUGGGGCUCUGAUAUUCUCCACUAAGACAAGUCAGAUGCCUGGUUUUCAACACUUUCUGAAAACCAUUAACCCUCUCAACUAUCCAGAUGAUAUUUUCCUUGAGCAAUUCUGGGUCACAGCUUUUGGAUGCACAUCUAAUCACAGAAAGGGGGAUGGAAGUGUCUGUUCACAAAAUGCUUCCUUGGACACAUUAAGUUUGAGCUACUUAGAUGAAAUUAUGUCAUACCAAAGUUAUACUGUCUACAAUGCUGUAUAUUCUGUGGCCUGGGCCCUUCAUGAAAUGUUGUUGGUGAGAUCAGAAAUAGAAACCAAAAUACAUGGUGGCAACCAGAUCAUUCAUCCCUGGAAGCUCCACUCCUUUCUGAAGAACAUCCAGUUUAACAACAGUGCUGGGAACCAGGUGGUCUUGGAGAAGAAGAGGAAAUCUAUGACAAACUAUGAUAUUCUCAACUAUGUGACCUUUCCUAAUGACACUGAUGUUCUGGUGAAAGUGGGAGAGUUUAUUCCUCAGACUCCUCCUGUUCAAGACUUCACCAUCCAAGAGAAGGCAAUUGUGUGGCACAGGUGGUGGAAAGAGGCAAUUCCCCAAAGAUGCAGUAGAAUUUGUCGCCCUGGAUUCCACAAAAAAGUCCAGGAGGGAAAACCUAUUUGCUGUUUUGACUGUGUUCCCUGCCCUGAGGGCCAGAUUUCCAACCACACUGGUAAUGAGCAAUGCAUGAAAUGUCCAGAAGAUCAAUAUCCAAAUAGAGAGAGGAUUUAUUGUCUACCAAAACUGGUGAUAUUUCUGGACUAUGAAGAACCCAUGGGGAAGACCUUGGCCUCCAUAGCUGUUUGCUUCUCUCUCCUUACAGUUCUGGUUCUCUGGGUCUUUGUGAAGCACAAAGAUACUCCCAUAGUCAAAGCCAAUAAUCGAGAUCUCAGCUACACUCUCCUCAUCUCCCUUUCCCUCUGCUUCCUUUGCUCCCUGCUCUUCAUUGGCCCUCCCACUCCAACAAAUUGUCUCCUCAGACAAACAACAUUUGGAGUCAUGUUCACAGUGGCCAUCUCCUCUAUUUUGGCCAAAACAAUUACUGUGGUUCUGGCCUUCAGAGCUACAAGACCAGGCAGCAGGAGCAGAAGAUGGGUGGGAUCCAAAGCACCCAUCUCUCUUGUUGUCUUUUGUACCUUCAUUCAAGUCAUGCUCUGUGCAAUCUGGCUCUUUCUCUCUCCCCCAUUCCCUGAUGCAGACACACACUCUGACCCUGAGCACAUCAUCCUUGAGUGCAAUGAGGGCUCUCUCAUUGCCUUCUACUUUGUCCUGGGCUACAUAGCACUCUUGGCCCUGGGGAGCUUCACUGUGGCUUUUCUAGCCAGAAACCUCCCUGAUACCUUCAAUGAAGCCAAGUUUAUCACCUUCAGCAUGCUUGUGUUCUGCAGUGUCUGGAUUUCCUUCCUGCCCACAUACCAGAGCACCAAGGGGAAGAUGAUGGUGGCUGUGGAGGUCUUCUCCAUCUUAAGCUCCAGUGCUGGAUUACUAGGUUGCAUCUUUGCCCCCAAAUGCUAUGUCAUUCUUGUGCAGCCAGAGAAGAACACCAAGAAAACUUUAAAAAAUGCCAAUUCCUGGAUUCAGGAAUAUUCUUAA